UUUACUGUUCCGCGCCAACCAACAGUUUCUUCCGUCCCCUCCUUGGCACUUUGUCCUGACAACAUCAGAGCAAAGCAAGAAAUGUCACACAGUCAUUUCUUCAAACACCUAUCCUACACUAUCUCUCGUGGCCUUCUUCAUCGCUCAUUCUCUCUAUCUCCGCUCUCAAAAUUUAAACCCACAUGUCGAUAUGAAUCGAAAUCCAAUUCUUCGCUCUUUCCGAAGAUUAAUCCCACAGCUUCUUACUCUUUUCUUCGUUCUUGCACUUCUGCAGCUACUGAUUCCUCUGCUUACCUUUCUGUUCGCAUUCGCUGUCCAAAAGAUGUUGCUGAUAUGCUUUCAGAAGCUCUUCUAUGCUUUGGUGCAAAUUCUAUUAGCAUAGAUGAACAAGAUGACUGUGACAGGUCUAAUGAGAUUUGCAUUGAAUCUAUAUUUCCUGAAUGCCAAGAUGUGGAUGUGAGCCUUUCACAAGCUGCUGAUUCCAUAGGCUUGAAAGAUAUACCUAAUUAUGAGGUUAAAAAGGGGAUGCAAUGUGAUUGGAUUCAAAAGACUCAGGAAUCAUUUCAUCCAGUUGAAGUCACUGAAGGACUGUGGAUUGUGCCUGAGUGGAGAUCUCCCCCAGACGUUAGAGCAAAGAAUAUAAUUCUGAAUCCUGGAUUAGCAUUUGGAACUGGGGAUCACCCUACUACUAAGUUGUGCCUAUUGCUUCUACGAGGUUUGAUCAAAGGAGGAGAACUUUUCUUGGACUAUGGCACAGGUUCUGGAAUUCUUGCAAUUGCAGCACUUAAGUUUGGUGCUGCUCUGUCAGUUGGACUUGAUGUAGAUCCCCAAGCAAUCUCCUCUGCACGUCAUAAUGCUGCUCUAAACAAUAUAGAACCUGAGAAAAUGGAAUUACUCCUAGUUCCUAACACGACCUGUUCUCCAUUGAUGGAUGAAGUGACCGAUGAAGUUGUCAAAGAGCAGAGCUCUUAUGGAACAGAACCUAUCUCUGAAACAGAGAAAUAUGAUGUGGUCAUUGCUAAUAUACUUCUGAAUCCUCUUUUGGAAUUGGCAGCUCAUAUAGUUUCUUAUGCUAAACCUGGUGCAGUUGUUGGUGUAUCUGGUAUUCUAUCUGAGCAGGUUCCAUAUAUCAUGGAUCGAUAUUCAGCGCUAUUGGAAGACAUAACAGUGUCAGAGAUGGAUGGUUGGGGCUGUGUAACUGGAACAAAGAAAAGUAAUCUUGACAACAGCUGAUAGGAGAUUCAGAAGUAUUAUUGUUGGAAUAUUUUUUGUAAAAAUAACACUUUCAUGUUCGUUUUUCCAAAGCUCAUGCUACAUAUUAAGAUCCAAUAUUUGAUGUAUAUUCAACUCGAGCAAGGAACGCAUCCAAUUUUUUGUAUGAUAUUUUUCAUAUUUAUGGUUAGUGUUUAGUGCAGGAAUACAAUUUAUCA